AUUUGUUUCCACAUGUCCUAUCACAUGCUUGUUUUUAUAGUUUUUUAUAGCAGUUAUUACACUUCUGCUGAAACAUAACCCUUAAGUUUCAUUUGCACUGAUAGAGAGUGGAGGCUGCUCGAGGAACUGUCAGGAAAAGACAUGGCCCCGACACUGUUUGACAACCCUCCAAAGCCUGGAGACUUGAUUGAGAUUCACAGAGGGGUUUAUGAACACUGGGCCAUCUACGUUGGACAAAAUGAAGUGGUCCAUUUGAUCCCACCAACCAACAUGGAUGGUGAUGUGUCGGGGCUGGUUAGUCUUGCACAGUACUUUGACAGCAGCAGUGCAGUGGUGAAGUGUGAGAAGAUCUGGGACGUAGUGGGUUCAGACCGUUUCUAUGUCAACAACCUGCUGGACCACAAAUAUGAACGCCGGAACCCAAACAACAUCGUGAGGGACGCCCUGAAACUAGUUGGACGGGUGCUGCCCUAUAAUGUGGCCACAUACAACUGUGAACACUUUGUCACCAACCUGCGCUAUGGCAAACCAGAGUCCAGACAGGUAAAAAAUGCCGUUGUGGCCGGAGGGGUGGCAGUAGCAGGAGUAGCAGCAGUCGCACUGGGAGCAGCUCUGUUUGCUUCUUUACUCAGUCACAGCAGCCGUGACGACGACGAUGAUUAAAGUCUCCACCAAAUAUCACCUCUGGACUGGUUACAAGUUUAAAUACAUAAGAAUUUCAAGAUUAUUUGGUUCAUCAUUAGAGUGAUUAUUGAGGUCAUAUAGAUCGUAAAAAAAUAUAAUUAAAUAAGAGUGCUUUUAUCUGACUUUAUGUCCAACUUACUUUUUCAUUCAGAAAGUUUGAUUUCAUAAAGUUUGUCUGACACUGUAGAAAUGGUCAUUUAUUUUACAGUGUGAAUGAAAAUGAAAGAGGGAUUGAACUAUUGUUUGAUAAAUAUGUGUAAAUAAUCAUAAAA